CAUUUCACAACUCUCUAUUCUUCUUUUUCUAUAAGUUUUCUGUUCUAACACUCUCACCAAAGAGAAAGUUCAAAUCAAAAAGAGAGUGAGAGACAGAAAAUUUCAGUGAGAAAAAUGGGUUUUGCUAGUUUUAUUCCAUGCAUUUUUAUGCUUAUUAAUCAACUAGCAUAUUCUGGGAUGAACGUUACGUCCAAGCUUGCAAUUGUUGGAGGAAUGAACCCACUAGUCCUUGUGGCUUAUAGGCAAAUUUUUGGAACUGUGGCCAUAGCUCCAUUUGCUUAUUGGCUUGAACGUGAUAUAGUUCCAAGGAUGACAAAGCGUAUAAUGAUACAAAUAUUUCUAUCUUCAGUAACAGGGGUCACAGGAAAUCAGGUUCUAUAUUUUGUGGGACUAAAAUAUUCAACGGCCACAAUUGCUUGUGCUCUAACAAAUUUGCUGCCAGCUUUCACAUUUGUCCUUGCAGUCCUCUUCAGGCAAGAGAAUUUGGGCAUAAGGACGAAAAGAGGUAUAGCAAAGGUGGUAGGAACAAUGUUGUGUGUGGGAGGAGCAAUCUUGUUAUCAUUCUACCAUGGUCAAGUGAUUGGAAUUGGCCAAUCAAGUAUCCACUGGAGCUAUGCCGAGAAGCUUCAAAGUGGUGGUGAUAGCUCUGGUUCUUCGGGAAGCUCGCUUCUAGGCCCUGUUCUCUUGAUUCUUAGUGCUCUCAUUUGGUCCUUAUGGUUCAUAAUUCAAGCGGAUAUGAGCAAGAAUUUUCCAGUGCCAUAUACAAGCACAACCUACAUGUGUUUCUUGGCCAGCAUCCAGUGUGUGUUCAUAGCUUUGUGUUUUGAUCAUAGUGCUUCGUCUUGGUCACUCCGUAAUGCUAUGAGAAUUGUCUCUUCUGUUUACACGGGAGUAAUUUGCACCGCACUGACAUAUUGUUUGAUAUCAUGGACGAUAGAGAGAAAAGGGCCGCUUUAUGUGUCCGUAUUCACUCCACUGCAGCUUAUUCUUACCGCGAUUAUUAGCUGGGCUUUUCUCAGUGAACAGUUAUACCUUGGCACUGCACUUGGGUCAUUGCUGAUUGUUUUCGGGCUUUAUGGUGUGCUAUGGGGUAAGAGCCAGGAAGCUGAUACCAACAAACUGGAAGAGGCUAGUGAUCAAGAUGAAGGUGUUAAGAGAGAUGAUAUGGAGAUGCAGUCUUACGUAAUGCCAUUAUCCAAUGGUAAUGGUCAUGGUCAUAGUAAUGGUAAUGGUAAUGGUCACAUGUGAUGUGAUGUGAUGGUGUUACUUAAUUAGUUAAUAUAUUUAUGGACAAGGAUGGGUCAUGUGAUAUUAUGCAUGUAUGAUGAUGAUGAGGAGAAAAUUGAAGAUUGGGUUAUUAAUUUGGGUUUCGGUUUACUUGUUUGUUUUUUUCUGUGAGGAAAAUUAAUGUAAUAUACAUGAUGGUCAAAUUUGAAAUCCUAUGGUUACUGUUGGGUACUUUCUGUCACAUUUGAAAGUGAUUCAUAACUUAUUAUGUAUCAAACUAUCAACUUUGAAGUUAUUUUUAAAACUCUA